AUGCCCUUCUUUAGAGCUAAAUCAAGCAAACGUCAAAUCAUGUUCGUAAAAUGGCAUUUUCUGGUCCUCGGGGCCAUUCCGAUGAUUCCGGCAUACCCUUCUGGUGCUGCUUAUAAAGGCGGGUUUGAAUGGGACUCGACGAAAUACUUGUUCGUGCUUGCUCUCAUUGAUGGCCGCAUAUGGAGAUCCGAGGGCGGUCCCAAUUGGGUGGAAUACCUGACGGGUUGCGGUCUCGAGGAGGGACUCACCUCACCCUUCGACUGCGACCAACAGCUAUGGGACUUCGCCUUUGCAGGAUCAGACAUCUCAGUUGAAUACACCCCACUCCACCACAACUUCACCGUCUCGCUUGUCAACCAAGUUAAGCAAUUCAACACCUACGCGCAACCCGUGCUGAAGAAGACCGUAGACCAGUCACACGCACUAGUAGCCAUCUGGAUCGGGAUCAACGACAUCGGCGACAGUUCGAAAUACGAUGUCGACUUCCCGACCUUCUACAACGAGCUCAUGAAUACACUCUUUUCCUCCGUCCAGACUAUCUACUCCCAGGGAUACCGUUCCUAUCUCUUCAUGAACCUUCCCCCGCUGGACCGCAGACCAGGAAACCUAGGCAGCGCUGAUCCCAGUCCCAACGCAACACAAAUCACCUGGUACAAUGAUGCGUUGGCUCAGCAUGCCAGUGCGUUCCAUGAUCGCUACGCCGACACCAAUGUGAUGUUGUUCGACGCGCAUAGCGAACUCAGCUAUAUUCUGGAUAACCCGGGUGACUUCGGCAUUGUGAAUAUCACGAACUUCUGUGCGGGAUAUGAUCAGCCGGAUAUCGCGUGGAAUUAUCAGGCGUAUGGCUGUCCUACGCCGUUGGAUACUUAUUUCUGGUAUAAUUCGGGGCAUAUGACGAGCCAUGUUCAUGAGAUCUUGGCUGGUGCUGUGGAGAGGAAGUUGGAGGAGUGGUCGGAUUGA